GGACAUCAGUACCAACUCCCCUCAUACCUGCGCACAGCAUCCAGAGCCGCUUCCCCCCCCCCAACAGGACAGUCGCACUGCAGCAAGCUGAGUGGAGCUGACGGGAAAUACUUUUUACAGCCGACAAGUCAAUCCAUCCCGUAUCAGCUGAAAUGCUGCUGAGAAGAAGCCGACAUGUCCAAAUACUUCCACUUGUCAUUGCAGUCUGCCGCCUCACUCUGGCCUUCCCCACACAAACUCCAUCUGCAUUCGAUGAUGUGCAGCUCCAGGUGAACAUCCCUGACUCAGGUCCAGUUUCCGCCCCACUGGGCAGCUCCAUCUCCAUCCCCUGCUUGGUGUCUCUGUCCUCUUCCUCCCCCGUUGUACCGCGCGUCAAAUGGACCGUGGUGUCCGGUGGGGUGGAGACGCAGAUCCUGGUGGCGCGGAGUCAAAGGGUGAAGGUCAACGAGGCGUACCGAGACCGCGCUGCCUGGCUCAACUACACCUCUUCACCUGAUGAUCUGUCGCUGUGGUUGGGAGAUUUACGCUCCAGCGACUCGGGUUACUAUCGCUGCGAGGUGCAGCAGGGCCUGGAGGACGCCAGUGACCUCGUACAACUCAAAGUCAAAGGUGUCGUAUUCCACUACAGAGACGCUUUGGGCCGCUAUGCCUUUUCCUUUCAUCAGGCCCAGAGGGCUUGUGAGGCCAUCGGGGCACAAAUCGCGACUCCUGACCAGCUGCUGGCCGCUUACUACGACGGCUACGAGCAGUGUGAUGCAGGUUGGCUGGCAGACCAGUCUGUCAGGUACCCAAUCCAAGUGCCCCGAGAAGGUUGCUAUGGAGACAUGGAUGGCCAGCCAGGCGUGAGAAACUAUGGGACCAUGGAUCCAGAUCAUCUAUUUGAUGUUUACUGUUACAUGGAGGAAAAUUAUGGGGAGGUGUUUUAUGACUCCAUCCCACAGCAGUUGUCAUUUGAUGAGGCACAGUCGUACUGCAGAACAGCAGGAGCGGAACUGGCUUCAACAGCACAGUUGUACUUGGCAUGGAGUGAAGGUCUGGACCGUUGCAGCCCUGGCUGGCUGGCUGAUGGCAGUGUGCGCUACCCCAUCAUAGACCCGAGAGAGCGCUGCGGAGGGCCUCAGCCGGGCGUCAAAACCAUUUACCGCUUCAGCAACCAAACUGGCUUCCCAGAGCCAUCCAGCCUCCAUGACGUCUAUUGUUUCAGAGAUAAUAGAAAUAUUCCCACCGACUCUCCCAUGGACUACAUGGCCACGCAGCCUGAGGACAUUGGACAAGAUGUUGUUAUUCUUAUGGAAACAGAUCAAGAGCUGCAACUGAACCAACAUGCAGAACAGGUGGAGCUCAAAGCUCAAAGGGUGGUCGAAUCUUUUCCCUUUUUCUCCAUCUCUUCCACAGAGGAAAACCUGGUUGACACAAAUCCAACAGUUGUAUCAGAAACAUCAGAGUCUCCUCUCAACACAACACCUACGUUGGAGCUCCUCCAGGUAUUGAAUGAAACUUCACCCUCUACAGAAAUGAGCUCCCAGCAUCCUACAGCACCGGUGAUGAACAGCACUAUCAGCACCACAGAAACCUACAAUUCCCCACAAAACACAUCCUUACUGCCCAGUGUUUACAAUGAGACGGGUUUCCACCUCAACUUGAACUUCAGCUCUCAUGAGUCUGAGCCUGAAAGCACUACAGGGUUUCCCGAAUUAUCAUAUGAACCUCACACACAUAGUCAGACAGUUCCAGACACACAUCCUGAAGAGAAUACAUCUGAGAGGCCAAAGGAUUCCCAAGAAAUACAGGAGAGCAACUUGGAUGUUGACAGAUCCCAAGCCAAUUACAGCGAGGCAGACAGCAAUUAUACUCAAGGGGAGAGUUUCUGGGAGGUGAUCUCUAUGACCCUUGACCCCGUGGUUCAGGUGAAGCUGGAGGAGGCAGCAUUAGAAGACCCUGUUCAGGUGUCUCUCUCAACUCAGGCCUCAAAAGAAGAAGGAAAACUUAUUACACAACCAGUUCAAGCUUCAGAAUCUUCUAUCAAGGAGCUGACCUCGCUGUGGGCCUAUCUGGAUGGGUCUGGAGAUAUUUCUCAAGAACGGGACCUUGACGUCAAAGCAGACAGCUUCAUCUCCACAUCAGAGUCUUUCACUUCCAGCAUUACCACUCACCUGUCACCUUCUGCUUCGACCAGCAGUGCUUCUGCUGAAGCUCGGACUGCACUCCCCCAUCCAACCCUCUCAUCUGGGUCACCUCCUUCUGACAAACUAGGCUUGGAAAUCCUCUCCACAGCAGCACAGUUGUGGGAGUCCUCGAUUUCUAGACAAGAGGGAAGUACAAGCUUAGAAAUUGAAGACACUCUAGAAAGUGAAGAAAAACAGCUGCACCCGACAAAGUCCGAAGACAACCUUGUUUCUGGAGUAACUUUAGUGACCACUGAAUCUCCAGAGGGGUCAAACAGUUCACAGUUACCUUCUGAUUCCCCCACAGCACAGUAUCAAACAUUAGGUUACAGAGUGUAUUUGGAUACUACAACCAAUGGUUAUGAAGAGGCAAGUGGACAUGAACUUUCUACAAUUACUGCAAACCUGGGAGAAGACGUUAAAGUUGCUCCAACCCUUGAAGUGGAUGUUAAUGUUAGCCGAAUUAUUGAAGAGGAAAAUAAUGUUACUCCAACCCUUGAAGAGGAACUUACAGUUACCCCAACACCUGAAGAAGAAAUUAAAGUUUCCUCAACUCUUGAAGAAAAAGAUCAAGUUUUCUUUUCACCGGAAGAGGAAGUUAAAGUUGCCCCAACCCUUGAAGUGGAUGUUAAUGUUAGCCGAAUUAUUGAAGAGGAAAAUAAUGUUACUCCAACCCUUGAAGAGGAACUUACAGUUACCCCAACCCAUGAAGAAGAAAUUAAAGUUUCCCCAACUCUUGAAGAAAAAGAUCAAGUUUUCUUUUCAUCGGAAGAGGAAGUUAAAGUUGCCCCAACCCUUGAAGAAGAAAAUACAAUAGCUCCAACCCUUGCCCUUGAAACAGAAGCUAACAUUGCGACAACCCUUGAAGAAGAACAUACAAUUGCUCCAACCCUUGCCCUUGAAACAGACGCUAACAUUGCUACAACCCUUGAAGAAGAAAAUACAAUUGCUCCAACCCUUGCCCUUGAAACAGAAGCUAACAUUGCGACAACCCUUGAAGAAGAACAUACAAUUGCUCCAACCCUUGCCCUUGAAACAGACGCUAACAUUGCUACAACCCUUGAAGAAGAAAAUACAAUUGCUCCAACCCUUGCCCUUGAAACAGAAGCUAACAUUGCCACAACCCUUGAAGAAGAAAAUACAAUUGCUCCAAUCCUUGCCCUUGAAACAGAAGCUAACAUUGCCACAACCCUUGAAGAAGAAAAUACAAUUGUUCCAACCCUUGCCCUUGAAGAAGCUAACGUUGCCCCAGUUCUUCAAAAAGAAGUUAACAUUUCCCUAACCCUUGUAGAAGAAGCUAGCGUUGGCCCAACCCUUGAAGGAGAAACUAACUAUGCUACAACCCUUGAAGAAGAAGCCAGCGUUGGCUCAACCCUUGAAGAAGAAGCCAGCGUUGGCCCAACCCUUGAAGAAGAAGCCAGCGUUGGCCCAACCCUUGAAGAAGAAGCUGACGUUGCCACAACUUUUGAGGAGGACUUUACCGUCUUUCCUCUCGAUUCACAAACAUCUAACUGGGCUUUGCUAACCACCACAACAGGACCACAAGAGUCUCUGAAUGCUCUAGAGUACACCAGAAAGAACUCCUCCAUCACCUCCACAACAUCUCCAGAUUCCUCCUUGAGUACAAAAUCCACUGCUUCUCCCACAAAGACGAGCAGCACCACCAUCACAACCACCAAACACUGGUCCAGACGCACCUGGAGCCCGACCACCUCAGCACCGAAUGUUUUCCGCAAGACGGCUGAGCCCCGGAAGGUGUCAGUCUUCAUACCGCCAGUGGAUCAAGGUCUGGUGGAUGUUGAGUUUAGUCUCACCCAGCCGCCCACUCUGCUUAUCUUGCCCAAUGAGAGGGCAGCUGUAGGCGGUACAGGGAAAGCUUCAGAUGCCUGUGUGGCCGACCCUUGUCUAAAUGGAGGCACCUGUACUGACCGAGGCCAGCAGAUACAAUGUCUUUGUUUGCCAACGUAUGGAGGAGAUUUCUGUCAGACUGACCUGGAGCGUUGUGAACCGGGCUGGGAUAAGUUCCACGGUUUCUGCUACCGACACUUCAGCCAGCGUCUGAGCUGGGAGGUGGCAGAGCAGCACUGUCGCAUGCUGGGAGCUCAUCUGGUGUCCAUCAUAACCCCCGAGGAACAGAGUUACAUCAACAACAACUACAAAGAAUACCAGUGGACCGGUUUGAAUGAUAAGACCAUUGAGGAUGAUUUCCGUUGGUCUGAUGGCAACCCGCUGCUGUAUGAGAACUGGUACAAGGGGCAGCCAGACAGCUACUUCCUGUCUGGUGAAGACUGUGUAGUGAUGGUGUGGCACGAUGACGGACGCUGGAGUGACGUACCUUGCAACUAUCACCUUGCUUACACCUGCAAGAAAGGCACCUCCUCAUGUGGUCCACCACCCAAGGUCCGAAACGCCUCCAUCUUUGGAAAAGUCAGACAGAGAUACGAGACCAACACAGUCGUGCGUUAUCACUGCGCUCAAGGGUUCCAGCAGAGACUAACUCCUCUGAUCAGGUGUCUGUCUGGAGGCUUGUGGGAGAGGCCCCAGGUCCUGUGCAUCCCUGAAGCCGGCGGUCCAACUCAGCACCCUGAAGUGACGUCACAGACCAUCUCUGCCGACACUGAAGACGAGUUUGAAGCCUCUAAAGAGACACGGCAGUACUGGGACAUCAAGUUUUAAAAGUCAGUCAUGCUUUCCUUUCUGGUCUUCCUUUCUUACAUUCUGUUAUUGUAACAUGACAAGGUGCCAAGAAUCAAAUGCUUUUUUACCAAUGAACGCUUCAAGACUAAAUGAACCACAGACGCAUAAAGACACAAACUGAAGCUUCCUCUCGGACCUGAGUGCACAGACUGGCUUUGUUUUCUUUUAAUGGAGUUAAAUGUUCCUACUUUUUGAUGUCCUUUAGAAUAUUUUCUACUGUAUUUUGGUAUAUUGUAGUGACUAGCAGAGCGAGAAAGUUGUUAAAGUAGAAAGAAGGAAAGAAGAAAUACAGUCAAUGUGUGAACUCCAAAUUACUGUCAGCUCCAAAUCUCCAUUACAGUAAGAAUGGAUCUCUUUGUGGUUUUUGUUAUAUCAGGAACCUUUUUAUAAAACACUGCCAAUGUCUUUAAAACAUUUGUCUCUCAAUCUUAACAAAUAUUCAAUAAGUACUGUACAUAUAUUAGUUUUCACACCUGUGAUUAUUGCUGUCCGCAUUCUGCUGAGAGAAACCUUUUAUUUCCAGCAGACGCAGUUUUGUUCGUCAGCUUUAUGUUGUAAUAAAGUUUUGUACAACAGAACAAAGAAUAAAUCUUUCUCUUAUUUUACCCUGA